AUGGACUUCAACCCAUACACCCAAAACAUCACCAUCCUCGGCCCCCCCGGCUUCCCCCCCAUCCCCAUCCCCAUCUCCCAAAUCGACGCCUUCAACGACGAAACCGCCAGCAUCCUCAUCAACUACGGCGCCCAGCUCGGCGCCUCCCUCACCAUGCUGCUCGUCGUCCUCCUCGUCACCCCGUCGCAAAAGUUCCUCCGCGCCUCCAACCUGCUGCACGUCCUCGCCCUCAUCGUCUGCGCCGUCCGCACCGUCUUCCUCGCCUUCUACUUCCUCUCGCCCUUUUCGCACUUUUACCAGGUCUGGGCCGGCGACUACUCCCAGAUCCCGGCCUGGAACUACCGCACCAGCGUCGCGGGAACCGUGCUCUCCAUGCUGCUCGCCGUCAUCGCCGAGGCCGCGCUCAUGUACCAGGCGUGGACCAUGGUCUCGCUCUUUACCAACAAGGCCAAGUACAUCAUCACCUUCUUGUCCUUGCUCGUCACCCUCAUCACCACUUCCUUUCGAGUGGCGGCCACCGUGAUUCAAUGCGAGAGCAUCCUCAACUUGGUGUCGACCCGGAGGUAUGGCUGGCUGGUCAAGACGAUGCUCAUCUGGAACACCUGCUCCAUUGCCUGGUUCUGCGCCUUGUUCAACUCCAAGCUCGUCCAUCACUUGAUCACCAACCGCGGCGUGCUUCCCUCCCGUCGGGCUAUGACCCCAAUGGAGGUGCUCAUCAUGGCCAAUGGAAUCCUCAUGUUUGUCCCUGUCAUCUUCGCCAUCCUUGAAUGGUACCACUUCAUCAACUUUGAAGCCGGCUCUCUCACGCCCACCUCCAUCGCAAUCAUCCUCCCCCUCGCCUCCCUCGCCGCACAGCGUCUCUCUCAAGCCCCUUCAACUCCCUCCUCCGAGCCCUCCUAUCCUUCAUCAUCCUACCAGGCCCCCUACAGAUCAACCGGCGACUCCUCCCGCACGCCCCUCAAGUCUGGCUCGCUCUUUUCCGCCAUCACAAACACCAGCUCCGCCACUCGAUCUCACGCCGCUGACACCACUGUCCUGGCUCCGGUCCGCCAUGUCAUUGACCCAAUCGAUCUUGAGCUCAGACAGAUUGACGGAUAUCUGCAGCCAAAGGAGAUUCACUCUAAGCCGGAGGCAGGUGAAAGCCAGCUACACAAGUAG